AUGAAGAUAGCUUUUUUGCUUGCUGCCUGGGGAAUCUUCUUCAUUCUCGCCAACAAGGUUGCUUCCAUUGAAGUGACCCACAAUGAAUACGAUCCAUACGCGAUUCUGGGGCUCGAUACGGUGGCAAAGGCCUAUCAAGCUCUGACGGACGAUGAAGCUCGGCAGAAUUGGGAAAAAUAUGGAAACCCCGAUGGACCUACAGCAACUACGUUUGGAAUUGCGCUUCCCAAAUGGCUCGUUUCGAAGGAAUAUGGAGACGAUGAAUCUCAGUCUUCGGGAUCCGAGGAACCGGCCCAGUCUGGUGGGGACCAAGACGACAGCGACGUCGACGAAGAUUGGGCAAAGCCGCCGAAGAAUAUCUUUGAAUCAAAAUCAAAAGAAACACAUCCGGUUCACGCGCCAUUCUACCCAGGAGAGAAAUUUGAGUGGUGGUGGCUGUCAUUGACACUCAAGGACCACAAGCAGCACCGGCGGUUAGUCGCACCGGUGACGCCGUGCAAGACGUUGGUGGACAGCCAGACGAUCGAGAUGAGGUUUAACGCCCCUGAUGAAAAGGGAAUAUACACGUUCACUCUUGGCGUGCAUUCUGAUUCGUACAUGGAUGCAGACUACAGUCGUGACUUGAAAUUGGAUGUCAAGGAAACCAAGAUAGUCGCCGCGCCCAAAUACGAAUCUACCGACGAUGAAGAGGAGGAGAAGGCCGACGCUUCAUCCGAGGAAGAAUAUACCGAAGAAAGCGAUGAUGAG